UAAUGGUGGUGUUCGGUUCUACGUCGCGCAAGGCACAGUCUCUAGAGUCUCGCAGAGCUAAGAAUACAUCUCAGAAAAUCGGCAACAAAUAUCCAAGUUCAGCCAAAUUUGCGGUGUGUAAGCAAGCGAUCGAAAAUUAACGCCCGAAAUAACGGCAAUUGUCGCAUAGCAAAUGCCAGUUGCAAAUUGCGAGUUGCAAGCGCAAAUCAAAGUGUCCGCAGGCGAAUAAAGAAACAAAGAAACACAAUUAACAAACGUGAAGUAACAAUCCGGCAAAGCGAAUAAACCCGAUACCGAUUCCGAUUUGCAGCAUAAAAACCUUAGACGCCCAACAAAUAUACAUCUCUAAAUGCAUCAGCUAAGCAACAGUAUUUUUGCUCAACAAUAAUUAUACGAAAACUCUGAACACGUAGCCGUGAUUAUUUGUUGCAUUUGAAUAAAAACGUUGAAGAUACGGGCAGCAGAGAGAACGCAGCGAGCUUAAGCCAAUAACGUAGUACGACUAGCAAAAGACACCACCAAUUUAAUUUUAUCUAGAUACAUAAAUACGCAUACGCAAGCAAAGUAGCCAAAAUAUCUAUAUGUUUAGUACGUGUAUCGGUCAUUUAUGAUUGAUAUACUCGCAUAGCAAAGUUAUAUUUACAAAACCCACAACUUAAUCGGAAGGUGAGCCUGCAAAAGACAACUGCUGCGAUACAGACCGCCGAGUACGGUCAGAUCCACAUACAUUUUCAUCCAAACCGCGUUUAAACAAAGCCAGCAAAAUAGAUACCAUGGAAGACAAUAACACGAGCAGCAGUGCGGGCGGUGCGUCCAUCAAACACGAGGAUCCUUCGGUGACACUCACAAUAAGGCUGAUUAUGCAAGGAAAGGAGGUUGGUAGUAUUAUUGGUAAAAAGGGUGAAAUUGUCAACAGAUUUCGUGAAGAGUCUGGUGCCAAAAUCAACAUUUCGGAUGGCUCAUGCCCGGAACGUAUUGUGACUGUGUCUGGUACAACUAAUGCAAUCUUUUCGGCAUUUACGCUCAUUACAAAGAAGUUCGAAGAGUGGUGCUCGCAGUUCAAUGAUGUAGGCAAAGUUGGAAAAACUCAAAUACCCAUUCGAUUGAUUGUGCCCGCCAGUCAAUGUGGAUCGUUAAUUGGCAAGAGUGGUUCAAAGAUUAAGGAAAUUCGUCAGACCACGGGCUGCUCCAUCCAAGUGGCCAGUGAAAUGCUACCCAAUUCCACGGAGCGGGCGGUAACUUUGAGCGGCAGUGCCGAGCAGAUCACCCAGUGCAUCUAUCAGAUAUGUCUUGUCAUGUUGGAGUCCCCGCCACGCGGUGCUACCAUCCCGUACCGACCAAAACCACAGGUCACUGGCCCCGUUAUCCUGGCCAAUGGACAGGCUUUCACCAUCCAAGGAAACUACGCGGUGCCCACACAAGAGACCUGUCCAGUAUUUCCACUUGCCCUGGCUACCGGCGGCCUACAUGCUGGUAUCUCAGGCUUGGCGGAUCCUUUGUUAAAGGGGGCACAUUUACAAGGAGCGAUACCAGCACACCACCAUCACCUACAGCAAAUGCCCGAUGUGGCCAAGAACCCGCUGGCCAGUCUGGCCGCCUUGGGCCUGGCUGGGAUGAAUCCGGCCAGCACUGGGGGCAUCAACCACACAGGUGAGUUGAGCGCUUCUGCGGCCAGAUGCCAGACAGAUUUCCAAUCUAAUCUAGGCUCUGCCCCAGCAGCCUUGGCUGCACUGGCCGGGUCGCAACUGCGUACAGCGAAUCCCGCGAACCGAGCCCAGCAGCAGCAGCACGAGAUGACCGUCUCAAACGACCUGAUUGGCUGCAUCAUCGGUAAGGGCGGCACCAAGAUCGCCGAGAUUCGCCAAAUAUCCGGCGCCAUGAUCCGGAUCUCCAACUGCGAGGAGCGCGAGGGCGGCAAUACCGACCGCACCAUCACCAUCAGCGGCAAUCCGGACUCGGUGGCCCUGGCCCAAUACUUAAUCAAUAUGAGUGUUGAGCUGCAGAAGGCCAAUCUCCUGGAACAGGCCCAGGCCCAGCAGAACGGAGGUGCUGCCGCUGCUCCCGGAGCUGCUGCUGCCGGAGUGGCGGCAGUCGCCGGAGCAGCAGCUCCGACCUCGGGCACAAACGGAGCUAUCACGACGGUGGCCCUCACCAGCGGCACUGGUGUCGUGGGAGCGAGUGCCGCAGGAGCCACCGGCGUUGCCAAUGGUGCAACUCCGGCGGUCAACGGCGGUGGCAGCAAUGGCAACAUCUCCGCCACCGGAUACGCCAGUGCCAAUGGCGGCCAGGCCACAAACGGAUCGGUCGGGGUUAACCCGACAGCGGCAGCCGCCCUGUCCAGUCCUCUGGCCUCGGCCCUCCAGCUGCUGACCAAGCCUGGAGCCCUAAGCGCUCUGUCCAACCUGAGCGCCCUUGACCUGCUCAACCUGACCACGCUGGGAAAUACCAAUGGGGCCGGAGCCAAUCCGGGCGGACCGCCUGUGCAGACGACGGGCGUAAAUCGGGCCAAGGGUCACUAUGCCACCUCCCGCUUCCGGCAGCACCAGACAGAGACCGGCGGCGAGGCGGAGAAGCCGCGCAACAAGUUUAAUCCGUACUAGGGGUAGGGCUGCAGCUGCGUCAGCUGGAGAGCAGUGGAUUUACAGUCCCGUAGUGUUAUAGGAUUUAUAGGAUUUCCAUGGUAGUGUUGCGAAAGCUUUAGUCUUUAGAUUCUUGAAGAAGAAGAAAAAUUGUAUAAAUUCGCUUUAAACUUGUUUGGUAUUGUAUUCAAAUUCGUAUUCGAAGUUUCAAGAAAAUUCUUACAUCUAGUUAAACCGCAGUAUCAUCCCAGUAAUAUGUAGACAGAACCUACGCAAUAUUUAUUAACGUUUUUGAAAAACAAACUAACCACAACAAUAAGAAGUCACACUUAGAUCAGCCGCAUAGGGCAGCUAGAGAUUUGAAUAAUGGAUCAAAAUCGAAAAUCAACAAUUUUGUGUAUCGAAUAUGUAGGGGGGACAGGGUCAUCUGUGUAUGGCCCGAAUAAAAUAUUUUGACCAAGUGACCAAGUGAAGGACCCUAGUAGGCGCUAUAGAUUUUGGACCCCAAACUUUUGAUAAAUGCCUAGUAUGACUUAUAUACACCGGUACACGGAACUGUAUCGAACAUAACAGAAUUGCCAAAUUUUAGCGCAUCCCCUAAUAGCGUUCUUCGAAGUUUUAGAUUAGAUUAAAUCGCGUUUGUCGGAGACGAAUACCGAAUACCGAAUACCGAAUAUUGGAUAUAGAGAAGGUACCGAGCAUAAAUGUAUCCUCAACAGCCAACAAUCUUUACCCAAUCCAUUCAUUGUAACAUAAAACACAAUCCAAUACUUAUAAUCCAUUGUACUCUCUUAGAUCGUAAGCACUAAACGUAGUUUUCCUAUAUAUACGAUUAUAUUAUUUAAACAUUAAGCAUAAAGACCCAAAAGCCAUUUUCCGAUUAAGGAAGCAGCAGCAAUGAAAAUGAAACAGGCAGAUGAAGAAAUAAAAAAGAACCUUCUAUAAGAAGUUUACAAAAAGAAA